AUGUCGGCACCAAGGACCCUGCCAAUGCAGCAUAUUGACCGCAAGGCGCUAUACACCAACCUUGAGGCCCGCAUUCACUACCUUCAUUCCUUCCUUGACUUUGGUACCAGUGACAUCGAAUCUCUCCGGUCAGGCGCCAAGUACAUCCAGGCCCUUAUCCCCGCCGUAGUCAACAUCGUCUACCGCAAGCUUCUCCAGUAUGACAUCACAGCCCGUGCCUUCCAGACGCGGAGCACCGCCUUCGAGGGACCCAUGGACUCGAAUCUAGACGAGAUGAGCCCGCAGAUCCUGCACCGCAAGUCCUUUCUACGCGCCUACCUCAAAAAACUCUGCUCUGACCCGUCCCAAAUGGAAUUCUGGGAAUACCUCGACAAAGUCGGCAUGAUGCACACCGGCCUCGGCCGCACCCACCCGCUACACAUCGAAUACAUCCACAUCAGCGCGACGCUGGCCGUGAUCCAGGACGUGCUCAGCGAGGCCAUCCUGUCGCACCCGCGGCUGGCGCUGACCCGCAAGAUCGCCGUGGUCAAGGCCCUCGGCAAGGUCAUCUGGAUCCAGAACGACCUGUUUGCCAAGUGGUAUGUGGUGGACGGGGAGGAGUUUACGGACGGCGUGGAUUAUGCGGCCGCGUUGUUGGAUCGGGAGGGGUAUCUGAGGGGGAAGAGGGUGCUCGUGAGGGAGGAGGAGGGGUGUGUUGAUGGUAGUGGGGGCAGUUCUGCUUGCCCUGUUGGUGGGGAGGGGAAGCAAGGAGAUGGUGUGGCGCCAGGGGUGUGCCCUUUUACGGGGGUGGUGGCGGAGGCGGAGGGGUUGAGGGAGAAGGGGAUGUCGGGCGUUGAAGAAGUUGUGCCGCCGAAGAAUGUGGAAGUGGUUGUGGAUGGAGAAUGA